ACUGUCUUUGAGCUGAUGUUUUCCUGAGUGAAGUUCAGGUUUCAGCCAACAGCAACAGAAAGUGCCUGUUGUGCCACGGAUAAGAUCCAAAUGACAGAUGUUCUUCCCAAGAGGAAAAAGCAGAGAGGGAUGCAAUUUUCAGCACCUACAAACAGCUACAAAAUACAGUUCAAUGACAUUGUCAUUUUUAUUCUGGAGAAGAAAAUGGGAGUGACCAGGCGUAUGUUCCUGAUGGACCUAGCAAGAAGAAAAGGCUUCAGAGUCGAAAACGAGCUCAGUGAUUCUGUCACCCACAUUGUGGCAGAGAAUAAUUCUUGUGCUGAAACAUUGCAAUGGCUGCAAGUCCAUGGGACAGAGGACAGCUCACGAUUCAGGCUCCUUGACAUCUCAUGGUUGACAGCCUGUAUGGAGGCUGGGAAGCCAGUGGAUUCAGAGAAGUACCUGCUCCUGGUGACUGAAGAGCAUUCUUCUGCAUCUGUGCAUCCAUUGGACACUUCAUUUCUUGCCACCGUCUCCCAAUAUGCAUGUCAGAGGAGGACAACUUUAAAUAAUUAUAACAAAAAAUUCACGGAUGCCUUUGAAAUAUUGGCUGGAAACUAUGAGUUCAGAGAAAAUGAAGGCCCUUGCCUUGCAUUUAGGAGAGCAGCAUCUGUGCUGAAGCACCUUCCAUUUACUAUAGCGAAAGCAAAGGAUAUUGAAGGAUUGCCCUGGGUGGGAGAACAAGUCAAAGGAGUCAUUGAAGAUAUUCUAGAAGAAGGAGAGAGUCCUAGAGUGAAAACUGUCCUAAACUGUGAAUACUACAGAUCAUUUAAGCAAUUUACUUCUGUUUUUGGAGUGGGGCUAAAGACUUCUGAAAAGUGGUACAGGAUGGGUUUGCGGACGCUGGAAGAUGUGAAAGAGAACAAGAGCUUGAAACUAACAAGAAUGCAGAGAGCAGGAUUACUAUACUAUGAAGACCUCAUAAGCUGUGUAUCUAAGUCAGAAGCAGAUUCCAUUGCCAUGACUGUAAAGGAUACAGUGUGGAGAUUUUCCUCCAGUGCUUUAGUGACUUUGACUGGUGGCUUCAGAAGGGGAAAGAAGGAGGGACAUGAUGUAGACUUUCUGAUUACCAUUCCGGGAGCACCGCAGGAAGACAAACUGUUACACCAAGUGAUUGACAUCUGGAAAAAGCAGGGUUUGCUCUUAUUCUAUGACAUUAUUGAAUCGACAUUCGAAAAGACAAAGCUGCCAAGCAAAAAAGUUGAUGCUUUAGAUCAUUUUCAAAAAUGCUUUGCAAUUUUAAAGUUACACAAAGAAAGAGUGGAUGGCAGCAAUGCCAUUGUUUCAGAUGAUUCAGCUGAGGAAGAAGUGAAAGACUGGAAAGCAAUCCGAGUGGAUCUGGUUGUAAGCCCAUUCGAACAGUAUCCAUUUGCCCUGUUAGGAUGGAGUGGAUCAAGGCAAUUUGAACGUGACUUGAGGAGGUAUGCCAGCCAUGAAAAGAAAAUGAUGCUCGAUAAUCAUGCUCUAUAUGAUAAAACAAAGAGAAUAUUUCUGAAUGCUGUGAAUGAGGAAGAAAUUUUUGCACACCUUGGCUUGGAUUACAUUGAACCAUGGGAAAGAAAUGCAUAGAGAGUUGCUAAAAUGUUUUAUGAACUCCCAAUCUUUUUUUUUUUUUUAAAAACAAACCCCGCCCUCAUACAGUUAGGUUUUUCAGGUAAAUGUGUCUCUAUUAUUCAGGAAGGAAAUAUUAAAUAUAUAUAUA